CACGGCCAAUCGAGUUCGGGUCAGUUUGAAGCGAAAGCACGUAGCGAAGUGAGUUCCAGACCAGCGCCAUUGAGAUUGUUAGACAUCUAGUAUUGUGUACAGAACGAAAAUAGUCGGUUUUCGAAUACAAACCGUACACUAGCCAAACAGUGUUUGUUCGUCAACGAAGGAGGAAGUACGCGUCUGAUUUCUGUGCCUUGUUUACAUUUGAGUGUGAGUAAAUUGUGUCAAAAUGGGCUGUGCCACUGGGAUAGUGAAAUAUCUGGUUUUCCUGGCGAAUUUAAUAUUCGCGUUGGCUGGCUUGGCCCUGGUGAUAGUUGGUAUAAUGAUAAAGUUGAAUGUUGGAGAGGCAUCUAGUAUCUUCCCCAAAGAAUUCGGCCUUGCACCUGUUCUUUCCAUCAUCAUCGGUGCUAUAGUUUUCAUCACCGCCUUCUUAGGAUGCUGUGGAGCUGUUAAAGAAAGCACGUGCAUGUUAACGACGUAUUCCAUAGUCCUUCUGACCAUUUUCAUCCUUCAAGUAGCCGUAGGCGUGUACGCAUUCCUGCAAAUCAAAGACAAAGGCAAAUUCGAACAGACUAUCCACCAAAGCGUUGAAACAACAUUCAAUAACAUGUACAAAAACCAAGAGUCCAACGAAACGAUGCAAGUUGCACAGAGAUUUUUGAGAUGUUGUGGUGUCAAUGGACCUUCCGAUUACAGUUCCAUCAGCAAGCCAAUUCCGAAUAGCUGUUGUCCGAACAUCCAUGUCGAAUGUAACACGCUGAACAAUAACGCGUACGAUGUUGGUUGUGCUCAGGAACUUGUCAGGCAACUGGAGAGAUACUCCAAAAUCAUUGGUGGUGUCGCGAUUGGUAUUGCUGUCGUUGAGAUCGUCGGAGCAGUUUUCGGCUUGUGUCUAGCAAGUUCUAUAAAAAAUAGCUACCGAAGGCAUAUCUAUGCGUGAAAAAUACCUGAAUUCUAACUUAUUGUUAACCUCGAAGUUAGUAUAGUAUAUUGCAUAGGACAUAUCCAUACGAGAAUCUACAUCCAGAGAAAAUAUUCUAGAAUCUCAAAAUGUUUGCAAAGCUUUAACGGGACUCAGUCGAAUGAAGUAUUCAAAAUGUGCAUAGUUGCCCCUCAUAUGGAUAUUUCUUAUGAAAAAAUUAAUACAUUAGGUUAAGAUUGUUUUGUUUCGUCAACAGAUUUUAAAUCUAGAUUUAUCUUGUAAUGUUACGAAGAGAGUGUAUUUUUGUAUAACAACAUAUUUGUGAUUGGUGUUUUAUAUCUUGAAGUUUUGUUACAUUAAAUGUAUGACCAAGAUCUUAA